AUGCCAAAAACAAAAAUAGUAGAAAGUGAACCGAUUUCAGAAAAUGAAGAUCUAUGCAGUAAAUAUUGGUGUGAUAAUGGAGAUAGAUGGGAUUUCUUUACCAUGAUAACAGGUUUAUUAUUGUUAAUAAUGGGACUAUGUUGUUCGACCAUUGAAGUUGGUUAUAUAAUUUAUACAUAUCGUAUACAAUGCUACUGUGUUGGUUUAUGGUGUUCUGCAGGUUUUCUAUUAAUUGGUACUCUUGCUAUGGGAUUAUAUCAUUAUGAAUCAGUUCCAUCAGCAUCAUUAAUGUUAUUUUGUGUAAUGUGUGACUUAUUAUUUGGCAUAGUUAUGCCGGUGAUUGCAAUUGCUUUUACAAUUAAGUGUGGCAAAUUAAAUGUUUUUUAUUAUCCAAUCACAAUGAUCUGCAUACUAGUUGGAUUAAUAAGUAUUGUACAUAUAUUUUUUGUAACAAGAGAACUGUUAAAAUUACGACGACAAUUCUAUCGUGAAGGAUAA